AUGGAAACUUUAGUUCAGUAUGCGAAUGAAUCAUCGAUCCCUUCGCUUGUUAAUGCGAUUAUAAUAGAUGAUGUAAAGGCAUUUCAUCUAGUUUUAUCCAGUUUAAAAGAUGCUGACAAACUUGAGAUCACAUUUAAACAAAAUCCUAACUUUCCUCUUGAAGUUCUUGCAUCAAAACCUCCAAUCAUUUGUGUUUGUGCACUUUUUGGAGCUAUUCAAUGCUUAACUUAUUUAAAAUUCCUUAAAUGGAACAUAAACACACAAGAUUCCAAGAAAAAAACACCUAUCAUGUUCUCAAUAGCCGGUGGACGCCAUGAUGUAUUCGAAUAUCUCAUCAAACUCGGAGCAGAUACAAAUAAUACCGAUUUUUAUGGGGCAAACAUACUCCAUUAUGCAGUCAAAUACAAUAUUUUGUCAAUAACACAAUACAUUGUUGAGAAUAAUCUUGUUGAUAUUAACAAACAAACUACUCGUGGCGCAUCUCCUUUGAUGUGGUGUGCGCAAUUCGGAGAUCCAUCUACAAUGGACUACCUUACUAACCAUGGAAGUGAUCCAAACAUGAAAACAUCAGGAGGAUGGGGUCUAAUCCACUAUGCAGCAUCAACUAAUAAUAUUGAGAAUUUAAAGUACUUGAUUUCAAAAGGUUUUGAUGUAAAUCAACAAAUAAAUAACCAUUCAACACCUUUGUCUAUGGCAAUUAGAGAAAACUCGCUUGAAAGUGUGAUAAUUUUGAUAGAAAACGGAGCAUCGCUGAAAUUAGAAGAAAAUAAUGUUGAUUCGAUAUUUUCAUAUGCAGCAAUUAAUAAUAACACAGAAAUGAUGAAUCUUCUUCUUGAAAAAACUGAAAUUGAAGUUACAAUUAAAGAUAUCAUUCAAAUAUUUGAUUAUUUAUGUCAAAAACAGACAAUAAUAGCUAACAAAUCCAAUAAAAAGGAUCCAAAACCUUCUGUUGAGACUUUGUCUAAUCUUUUUUCUCUAAUUGUUUCAAAAUUUACAAAUGAAGAAAUCAAACAAAUAGAACUAGAGAAAUACAUUUAUUCUUUAAUUGUUAGGAAGUUAGACAUGCAACUAAUAACUUUAUUCGCUGAUUUCUUUGAUAUUAAUUGGGAUUUCCAAAAUCCCGAUGAUACAAGUAAAUCAUUUUUCCUUUGUGCAGCAAUUGUAGAAUACUUAGAUUGUAUGGACUUCUUGAAGUCAAAGGGUUGUAAUAUUUAUAGGAAAGAUUGCUAUGGAGUUAAUGCUGUGUCUCAUGCUCAGCAGAAUGCAAAAGAAAAAGUGAAAGCAAAACUAAGAAACUAUGGUGUUCCCUUCUAA